AUGUCGUCGCCAUUGGCAAGAAGGCUCCUACAGAGUAAACGCCUUUCUUCAGCAACUGUGGAGAAAAGCCCUAUUCUUUUAUCUUUCCAGUCGAGUAGCUUGACCAGUAACCAAUGGCGAAAACUGAAGAAUCUAUUGUUUCCCGGUAAAACUUCAUUUCGCCCAAGUUUUAGUCCAACCGGAGGAGAGAGUCGGUUUUCUGCUCAGCUUGCUCGUAGUGCGGGUCCCACUUGUAUAUCGUAUUUCGGCGAAGAAGCAUCGGGCAAGUUGGAGCUGUUACCUUCUUGGUCCAAUGACCAAGAUUUGCUUUUGUUAUAUGGGCAAAAUGGGUCUAGUUUCGUAAAUCAUAUGGAUGUAGCAAAAGUGGAUGAUGUUGAUGACAUGGAAGCGUCUCUUUUCCAAUUCUAUUUACCUAGUUCGUAUCUUUGUUCGUCUCUUGGAGCUGAGACACCAUCCGACAAUGUGAAGGGGCAGGAGUGUUAA